UUGUCCGAUAUUAGUACCUUCUGCCGGACGUAGUCUAAUAUCAAUUAAGUAUCAAUACCCCUACUACCUAUUCAAAUUCGUCUUUAUAUAUUCUGAAAGAGCCAACAGUUCUUCAGUACGUUAUUAACCGUUGUACACGUAUACGCUCCGUCUCUAAAAAUUUUAGUGAGUUUAAAAUUUUUACAAGUGUUUAAACAUUUUAUUAUUUUUCUCUUCGUUUUAAACCGUUGUACACGUAUACGCUCCGUCUUCGAAUAUUUUCCAGUGUUUAGUUUUUAAAUAUUAUUUCGUUUUAAUCAUGGCUGGUUCAAUUGGAAACAUGGCUGCCAUAUACAAAAAGAAGACGUUCGCGUACGUUCCUCCAUCACCACCGGCUGACCUCAUCGAAGCUACAAGCUACACACUGGAUUUUGCGAGCCGUAAAUUUAUACUUGUCGGUAUCGAUCCGACAGAACAACAUCAAACAGUUGUUCUCUUAUUAACAUCAUCACGUUAUGUGAAAAUAAGUAUAGAUUUUCUAAGACGGAUAUUCUCACUUAUGGGUAACGUACUAUCAUUUAUAUUAAACAUACCACAGUCCAAUAAACGGAUCAUUUUUCUCGAAACCGAUGCUUAUAAAAUAUCAAGUAUGGUGUAUAACGGUUCAAACGUUCUGGUAAUUGAAUCCAAGACUGAAGAUGGAUGUAGAGUUUUAUUAAGUCGUUCAGAUUUAAUAAAACUCCAGGAAUUAGAAUGGUGUAUUACUGCUAGUAUUAAUGAAAAAGAAGAAAAAAUAAAACCAGUAAUUAUUAAGCAAAUUAGUGAAUUAGUG